AUGGGUGGCAGUUAUAACGAUGACAGUGGUGGGAUGGUGGUCGGGUGGCUGGGAGUGGAUGGGUAUAACGGCGACAAUAGUGGCAUGGUGGUUAGUGGUGGGUUGGAGUUGGGUGGGGUGGAGUUGGGUGAGGUGGGGGUGAAUGACAGCUGUGAUAACGACAAUAAUGGCGAUAGUGAUGUCGAUGGUAGUGGUGGUGGCGGUAGUGGUAGUAAUGGCGAUGGUGAUGACUAUGGUGGCAGUGGAAGUGUUGGCGACGACGAUGGUGGUGGUGGUGGUGGUGGUGGUAGUGAGAUAAAGGCAACAAUGGGAACGACGGUGUUGGUGGCGAAGGCGGCAGUGGUGAUGACCAUUAUAGUUGGAUGA